AUGAGUGUCAAACGACAGUUAAGCUCGAAUGAAAAUCUCAAUAAAAUACCAAGAACAACGAACUUAAUUACUUGUUUCGAGCACUUUUCCAAUGAAAUUUAUUACGAAAUAUUCGACUAUCUCGACGGAUGUUCUACACACAAGGCAUUUUCCAAUCUCAAUAGUCGAUUUCAACAGCUUCUUACAUCAUCUAAAUACAAUCUGAAAAUAUCCAUGCAGGAUGAUUCCACGACCAAUGUGGAAUAUAUAUGCACGAAUGUUAUCCUUCCAAAUAAACAUCGAAUCAUCUCGAUUCAUCUGUGGAAUACAUACUCCAUACAACAUUUUUUCCAACAUUGUUCUAUUGAUUUAUCAUUCUUCCGUCUACGGUCAAUUAUUCUUUACGGUAUCAGUUCGUUACAACUUCAAGUGCGUUUGGCAAGUUUGACAUUUUUACCCAGUCUUCAUGAGUUCACUUGUUAUAUAAACGACAAUCAAUCUCAGAUUAAUGACAUCUACCACCGGUUUUUUCAAAUGCCCUCGUUGAAGUAUCUGUCACUGUCGAUACCAACAGACGAUGAAGUUAACGUUUUAAAGCCUUGCGAUACUGUUGAACAUCCAAGUCAUAUAGAAACAAUGAUUAUCAGUCACAAAUGUACGAUACCUAUACUGACGUCGAUACUUCGCUGUACACCGUAUAUAAAAUAUCUAACCUGUCAGAUGUUAAUCGAGUCAGACAACGAAUUGACAACUGAUGUUUGUUUAUCCUUACCAAAUCUGACUCAUAUUACUAUGGAUUAUUGUGCGAUGCGAUUCUUCAAAUUUGAAGCUUUUAUCAAGCAAAUCUCUUCUUCCGUGAAAGUGUUAAAACUUCAGCAUUUCGAGAGUCAACAUUACAUCGAUCCAAAUCGUUGGAAGCAAUUAGUUUCACAAAAUAUGCCUUACUUACGUAAGUUUCUCGUAUGUUGCACAGUAGUGACUAACGCUGACUUUCGAAAUAAUCAUCGUAAUGCUUUUAUUCAUCAACUGACUUCGAAAUUGUGGAUCGCGCAAACGUGGACUAUUGAACUACGCAUAGCCAAUAGUGAAAUGUCCUACCUGAUACAAAAACCACCACUGAAAUCUGUUGAUCAGAAGAUGAAUUCUGCUAAUGGAAUGAAAUUGUCGAUAACAAACCAUCGGGGUAUUGAACGAAUUACGUAUUUCAGAUUACAUUUCGCUCCCAUCGUACGCGCAGUUCGGUUCAGUGAUCUACACAUAUCUUUCUCUAAAAUAUCAUCCUACGGUUUUACUACUAUCCUAGAAUCAUUACCGAAUCUUCAAUCAUUGGAGGUAUCUACCCUACCCGUUCAGCAAUGGUCUACUCUAAAUGAGGAAGAUUCCGAAACACUUCAACAUAUCAUCAAUACCAAUAGUAUUAAGACAGUGCGACAAUGGAUGAAUUUAGACCUACUACACUUUCUCAUCAAGCUCUGUCCUCGAAUGGAACACUUCGAAGUCAAUUGGGUCGAGGCAAGCGCAGUAGAGAACUUGGUACGAGUAGUUCUUAUGAAACAUGCCACUCAUAUUCGUGAACUUCAUUACUUUGAGUGUUGUGUCUUGAACGAAACAGACGCGCUUGUCGGCCAAGUAAAAAAGUUAAUCGAUACAGAAAAGCUACUUUCCGAUUACAAGAUUUCGCAAAACGGAAACAAGCUUUCGCUUCGUUGGAAACCCUCGUUGUGA